AUUGCUUUCCCUUUCCCCAGCUAGCCUGGUUGCAGAGCUUCAAGUUACUCGAUUCGCAGGUCGUCGGCCGUUCCCUUCAUUUUGACUUCAAAACAUUCAUUUUGUUUGAUAUAACCACAUCUUUUCUUGAAGCCUUGAUCUCGUCAUGUUGUCCAACCACGUGCUUGCUCUUGCUUUGGCGUGCUCUGCCAUAGCUUUGCCAAUUAUGAAACGUGAAGUGCCUCAGGAGCACUCACACAACAUCGUUCUGGCGUCCGUUCGCCCCAUGCUCGCGCUCGACAAUCCUAAUAACAUCGAGGACCCGGUAUUUGGUCUGCUAGGAAACGCAGCCGCCGCCGCAGGCGCUGGAAGUAUUACAAAUCUAGAUUGUCUCCAACAAGACACUGCCGACCAGGCCUUCACCAAUGCGAAGGCGGCGGGUAACGUGACAGGCAUGACCUAUGCCCUGAUCUAUCGAGCCAUUGAGCGGAACACAGCGGCCGUGGGUCAAGCGUCGGUCAUCUGUAACGAGACAGCAAAGAACCCGGAGAUUGCAGCCAUCACGCAACACCAGGACCCUGCAUCUGCCAACGCCGCUACCACGAACAAGAACAUCGUCCUCGCGCUUGCGAAGCAGAUUGCGUCCGUCGGCGGCGACCCGCAGCUGGCCCUGACGUCCGGCACUUUCGCGCCAGGCACUAUCGGCGACCCUACUGCCGCGGGCAACACAUGUGAUGUCGCCGACGACGAACCUGGGUGCAUCUUCUCGCAGAACCUUCUGGUCGACGAUGCCACCGCCGCAGAAAUAAGUGCUGCUGUUGCAGGUGUCGCUGCCACAUCUGCGGCCGCGUCUGCAGCCUCGACCGCGGCGGCAAGUGCUACCACCGCUGCCGACGAUUCCACUGCAACGUGCGCUUCCAUUGCCACCGUCACUAUUACUGUGACAGACGCUGCGACUGCCACAGCCGCGACGGACGUCGCGUCGGCCACCGCGGCAGCAACGACGACUGCAGCAGCGGCUGCGGCAACCUCGGCUGCCUCGGGGGCGAACCUUCAGACCUUCACUGGUGCCCUCGGUGGCGUCGCGGCUCCCGCGGUAACCGCUGGUGGCCGUGGCUUUGAGGUCGCGGGCGAGACCGGGGAAUCCUUCCUUAACGUCGCCGCCGCGCUCGGCCGCUCGUGCGACGUCCAGCACAACCAGUGCGCGGACGCUGCCAACUCGGGCGGGCAGUCCUUCACCGUUGGCGACUGUGACACGCAGGACACGCAGUGCAAGGCCGCGGCGAACUAAGGGCCUGGUGGCGUGUGAUGCGGAUCUGAACAAAACGUAAAUUAUCGCCGCCUGCUGGAUCGUGUCGGGCGGCGUGUGGGAUCGUUGAGGUGUUUUCGUUGGUUAUAUCCCUAUUUUGUUUUUUGUAGUCAACAUACCCGGCUCCGCGAAUCGAAGCUUGUUCCUGCCUUA